AUGUACCUGGACAACCCUCUGGCCAGAUUCCUCAUUAAGAAGGCUCUGACCAAUCAGAGGAUAGGACACUUCUUCUUCUGGCAUCUCAAGUCAGAGAUGCACAAUAAGACUGUGUCCAGGAGGUUUGGUCUGCUGUUGGAAGCCUUCUGUAGAGCCUGUGGGAUGUACCUGAAACACCUCAACAGACAGGUGGAGGCGAUGGAUAAACUGGUGAACCUCACAGACACACUGAAACAGGAGAAGAAAGAUGAGACACAGAAGACCCAGAUGAAGUUCCUGGUAGAACACAUGUCGAGGCCGGACUACAUGGAGUCUCUGCAAGGCUUCGUCUCUCCGCUGAACCCUGUUCACCAGCUAGGAACCCUCAGGUUAGAGGAGUGUAGGAUCAUGUCUUCAGCGAAGCGUCCUCUCUGGCUGAACUGGGAUAACCCUGACAUCAUGAGUGAACUUCUGUUUACAAACAACGAGGUCAUCUUCAAGAACGGAGAUGAUCUACGUCAGGACAUGUUGACUCUACAGAUUAUUAAAAUAAUGGAGAAUAUCUGGCAGAACCAGGGAUUGGACCUAAGGAUGUUACCGUAUGGCUGUCUGUCUAUAGGGGACUGUGUGGGGCUGAUCGAGGUGGUGAAGAACAGUUACACCAUCAUGCAGAUUCAGUGUAAAGGAGGCCUGAAGGGGGCGCUGCAGUUCAACAGCAACACGCUGCAUCACUGGAUCAAAGACAAGAACAGAGGAGAGGGGUAUGACAGAGCGAUAGACCUGUUCACCAGGUCCUGUGCAGGGUACUGCGUCGCCACCUUCAUCCUGGGCAUAGGAGACAGACACAACUCCAACAUCAUGGUUAAGGAGAACGGACAGCUGUUCCAUAUAGACUUCGGCCACUUCCUGGAUCAUAAGAAGAAGAAGUUUGGCUAUAAGAGAGAAAGAGUUCCCUUCGUUCUGACACAAGACUUCCUGAUCGUCAUCAGUAAGGGAGUCCAGGAGUGUACCAAGACCAAAGAGUUUGAGAGGUUCCAGGAGAUGUGUUACAAGGCGUACCUAUCCAUCCGGCAGCAUGCCUCUCUGUUCAUCAACCUGUUCUCCCUGCUGCUGGGAUGUGGCAUGCCUGAACUACAGUCCUUCGAUGACAUUGCUUACCUGAGGAAGACCCUCGCUCUGGAGAAGAGCCAACAGGAGGCUUUGGAGUACUUCACCAAGCAAAUGAACGAUGCUCACCAUGGAGGAUGGACCACGAAGAUGGACUGGAUCUUCCACACCAUCAGACACAUGCCCACCGAACACUGACACACACACACACACACACACACACACACACACACACACACACACACGCACGCACGCACGCACGCACACACACGCACACACACACACACAGAGAGAGAGAGUCACACAUACACAGUCCCAUUUGAUAUGAAUGAGCAAUAAUCAUUAUGUUACUAUCAACAGUAGCUAAGACAUUCUCCUUCUCCUGAACACACGUUCUGCUGCUUCCCAUAAACACACCUUCUCUUUCCCUUCCCCAUAAACACACCUUCUCCUCCCAUAAACACACCUUCUCCUUCCCAUAAACACACCUUCUCUUUCC